AUGAUCAUCUUGAACGCAUUCAAGGAUCUGAUUCUGAUGAAAAAUAUUCUUUCAAGAGAACUGCCACAGUCGAUUAAUGUACUUGGUGGAUUGUUCCAUAUACUGGAAGGCAACAUGUUUCAACUGAAGAUGUGCGUUGACUCGUGGCCUACAUUCAGUACUGUCAUCUGUUAUCGUCAAAAACAGGAUUUUGUGAUCAAGAGCAGUAUGGGGGAGAUUCCUGAUGUGUGUAGCAUCUUUUCCAAAAACCAAGACACUCUGAGAAGACUUUUGACAGAUGACAGCCUUUUUAAAUGGGGGAACAAUCUGGAAUUCAGAGUUGAAAGUACUCAUCAUCCAAUCCUAAAGGAAAUUGCUUGUCUCAGGGGACUCCAUCUAAAACUAUUUGGAAGCUUCCAUACCUACAUCCACUACAGCCCAGAGACAUUUGGCAGCUCACAAAAGACAUCCAAGCAACCAAUGACAAGUCUAAGCGAAUCCCAUGCUGACCUUGUGCUAAAAGCAAUGCGUUACGGAACAAGCCAGGAGUGCAUCAAUCUAGUGAAAGCCUAUAUCAAAUACCUCCCAAACUACUGUGUGGUGGAUGAGAAGGGACAACCUGUGUCUUGGCUGCUGACAGAUGAGUUCAUGGAGAUCAGGAUGGCCUACACCCAACCAGAAUAUAGACGGGCUGGUCACUUGCGAGAAUUGUACAGUGCCCUGAUUCAACAAAGGAUUUCUGCAGGUCUGCCUGUCUUUGGAUGCAUCCUUAAAGAGAACAGGGCCUCUCAUAAUGCUGCACUAUCAUUUGGCAUGACCCCCUGUAUUGAGAUCUACUGUCUUUUGACCUCUGAUGACUGUGUCACAGCACAACCCAAUACUGGAAAUCUGCCUGUUUAG